ACGGUGAACACGCAAGUCUAUCAGUUGGAAGAAAUAACACGUAAUAACAAAGGCACAAGUUGUAUCAAGGAAACAAUGAACGCGCGUUUACCACCUUGGUCCGCUCGAGAAUGGGUCGAUGUCGACUGAUCGUGGAGUCACAGCAAGUGCACCCCAGCCAGCCACAGAACGUGUGACGUCAGACGUACACAUGUAGUUUCAAUUCAGUAGAAGUUCCUGAAAGAAAGGAGUCGGGUUUUGUUCAAGUAAACAUUUGUUAUUGCGGGAAAGACUAUUAAAAUACAGUUAAAAUCACGCUCAACAAUUGAGACAACCAUUUUGAACUGACGUUAAAUGAAACGUUACGUGACAGUUGAAGUCGCAAAAACGUUAUUUUUUGAAAAGUAAAAUUGCCAUUUCGCGUUUUGUGGACGUAAAUUCGGGUGUUUACAGUUUUUAUUAGACCGAAAUGGAUUAGCCAAAUUCAGCCACAAGGGGGGCGAAUAAUAUAUCGAUGACGACACGAUAGUUUUGCGACAUUAGCAUGCUAAAAUCGCCUUAAUGGACAACACAGCUGGCGGUGACGACAGACGAAGCUCUGCUAAAACUGACCUCAGUCUACUGCUCGAGUGUGUGAAGCUCCAGAUGGCGUGUCCUGAUUCACAGAAGCAGGCUCUUAUAACCAUUCACUCCAUCUGUGAGAAACGAGGGGAUAAUGUGGACCUACUGAGAGAAAUGGGGGGAGUGAUGUUUUUGUACAAUCUCUCAAAAUCCACCAAUGUGCAUUCAGAAGUCAAGGAAACUGCGCUUUUUACACUUGCCACGUUAGCUGAGUCCAAUGUGGACUGUAAGAUGUCUCUGUGCAGCGAGGAGGCAUUUCUAGACCUCUCUGCUUGGCUGAUGAAAGAGGAUCUCCCACUGCGGAUCAAGAGAGUGUCUGUAUAUCUGCUGUCAGUGUUGGUGGCUGACAAUAAGUUUGGGCAAACUUUAGCGCAGACAACAGGCUGUCUGGAUAAUCUGCUGCAUCUCUUCAGGAUGAACUGCCCGCUCUCAGUAGAGGAUGCUGAUGCAGAGGAUUCAGCACACCUGAACCAACUCUGGGUGUCAUUAUCAAGUGCACUUUGUGGAUGUAUCAACAACCCACAGAAUAGGAAUGGUCAGCAGAAAUGCAUAGUAGUCUUCCCUUUUGUGAAAACCUGGCUUGAGCAGAUUUCUGUGGCACGCAUGGACGUUUUCCAGCCUUUAUGCUCUUUCAUAUCGACGACUGUUGCCAACAACACACAUGUUCAGAAGACGUUUUCCGCCUCUGGGGGUUUGGAAACUCUCACUCUGGCGUUGGUUUCUUUGGCUUCUGGCACUGAGAUAAGUUUGAUGUGGUGCCAACUAAGUGUCAUUAUAGCCAAAACAAUGACUGAGUGUAUCACGAACAACUCAUUCCUGGCUUCAGAGUUGGCUCAGUAUGAUGUGGUUCCUCACCUCUUCUCCAUUCUUGGCUGCCCAUAUCUUGACUGCAAGGACAGAGUCUCAAUAUUACUCACCAUGGCGCAAUGCACCGAAGACUGCGAGGAACACCAAUCUCAGUUGGUGCAGUGUGGAGGCUUGCCAAUAAUUAUGUCUUUAAUGAACGAGCAUGAGAGUGAUGCUGUUCGGAAGACUGCAGCGUUUAUAUGGCAAACCUGUAACCAAGCCACAGCCACGUCGUUGGUUGAUGUGCCUUGUGAGACAGAGGAGCAAGAAAAAACAACCCCCCUGAAAAAGAUGGACGCCAUCAGGAGCUCAGCCACAGAGUUCCUCCACCGAAUUGAGCAGCUCGACAAGAGUCACAAAGUUGGACCGACAUUUGUGGGCGAAGAGCAAAAUGAGACAAGCAUCUCUGCUUCAACUCACAAGACGCUCCACAGUCCAACCACUCCAGACUCACAUACAUCCUUUGAGAAAAUUUGGAAGUUUGAUUGCAAGACUGCCAUUUCAGCCACCUCGGUAAAGAAAGACGAAAAGACAUCUGCAACUUCAGAUGAAUGCUUUGAUUCAAGCUCCAUGGUGGCCCCAGAUCGACACAGUGAAGGAAGAUUGCGUUUAUCUUGCAACGCUACAGGAAUGUCAGUAGAGGGCGGCAGAGUGGCGCAAAGGACUGCGAGGUCUUGCGCUGCAGCUCUGACGGAAAGUGUUUUUUUCCAUUCUAAAAAAGAAAAUAACAGGUUUGUUUUGUUUUUCAGACGUGUCUUCAGGAGUCCACCGAGAAGGGACUUGUCCAAAGAGUUUUCACGCAUUUAUGAGCAGUCGGAGAAUAGUAUUGAGAACAUCUCUCCACAGGAAAAAACAUUGCAGUCUCAAAUUAGAUGCCCAGGUUGUGUUGUUGCAUUUGAGAACGUUAAGAGCCACACCUUUGCCCAUCUCCUGUUGACCUGCCCUCAGAUCUGUGACAUGCACGUGGCUCUGCAUAAAGCCACAAAAAAAUACAGGGCCCAACAAUGCAAACUACUGGGAAAGAAUUUGGGCUACAACUCUGAAUAUCUGAAAACCCAGCAUAGUGGGAAAGCAUCAAGUGCAUCAUCAGAGAUCAGGCUGACUUGCAACACAGUUUCUGAACGGACAACACAAAAUAGGCACAUUCUGAAUUUAAGAGGUAUUUCAUUGACCCCAUGGAAGAAGUGCACAAGAUCAGAAGCGUCUCCCAGCAGUACAGGUUCGGUACCCUUUAAAAGGCCUCGUCUCCCUCCAGACCCGGAACAUUGGGUGAGCUACCAAGAGGAAGGCAUUGAGCAAAAGUUCUGUCAUGGUAGCAAAGACUUCAGUCCUGAGGAGGUCCACAACCUCCUGUGUGGAGUGAAGGAGCACGGCCCCUCCUGGUCCACCAUCUUGGGGUCAUACUCCUUCAAACCAGGGCGAACAAGUGAAGACCUUGCAAAGAAAUACAGACGUCUCAAGGUAUUAUAAGGUUGAUGGUUAGCUAUUUACUUUAUCUUGUUUGUUUAACUUAGUGACAUCUAUUUUCAUCCUCAAAAAUGUCUCUUGUGUAAACACGCAGUUCAUGAUACUGUAAACAAGUUUCUCUGUGGAUGUGAGCAAAUUCAGAUUUUUCGGACACUUUGAGUUGGUUUAUCAAGUUCUGUUCAUGCAUCAAUAUGCAUCAACUUGUUAAAAUCAUUUGGUUUAAAUUUGAGGUACUGGUUUGUUUUUGCUACAUUUCAGACACGUGUUUAUUUAUAAAAGUUGUUUGUGAAAUGCCGAUGGUCCACGUGGUCUCCACCCUUGUUUGUAAGAGUUUCACAACACUUGGUUAACCUGAGCCUGUACCAAACACCACAAGUCGUGUGGUAAGAGUAAAACAAAACCGAAUAUUUGAACCGGGAAGUGUGUCUGAACAUUCUGCUUGAGGUGGACGUCGGGGAAGAAUCCUGACCUUAAACGUCAUCAGAUGACUUCAGGAAGUAGAAGAUGACACAUUUUUGUCACCAGGAGACUCACAGUUAACAAGUUAAUAAGUUAUUGGCCAUCAUUUUCUCUUGUCACUAUAUCCUCUGCAUGGCGAGUCAGAUAUCCUUUUCUUUGAUGUCAACAUUAAAGGACUGAGUUUCCCCAUUUGUUAAUAAUUUCUUCAAACAUGGUUUCAAAAAUGAGUUGAUGCUUGUUUCUUUCAAGUAUAGCAGAGUUCUCGA